CUAGAAUGAAGCACAUCAACUUAUCCUUUGCAGCGUGUGGGUUUCUGGGCAUUUACCACUUGGGGGCAGCAUCCGCACUUUACAAACACGGCAAAAAGCUCCUGAAGAAUGUCAAGGCCUUUGCCGGGGCUUCUGCUGGAUCCUUGGUUGCUUCUGUCCUGCUAACAGCGCCACAAAAAAUAGAGGAAUGUAACAAGUUUACCUACAGUUUUGCCGAAGAAAUCCGAAGGCAGACUUUUGGGGCAGUGACACCCGGCUAUGAUUUCAUGGCCCGACUGAGGAGCGGAGUGGAGGCGAUUCUCCCUCCCAACGCACACGAGCUGGCUCACAACCGCCUGCACGUCUCCAUCACCAACACCAAGACCAGAGAAAACUACUUAGUCUCCAGUUUUCCCUCCCGAGAGGACCUCGUUAAGGUCCUGUUAGCCAGCAGCUUUGUGCCCAUUUACGCAGGACUAAAACCAGUGGAAUACAAAGGGCAGAAGUGGGUAGACGGAGGCUUUACCAACAGCCUGCCCCUCCUGCCUGUAGGCCGGACAGUGACUGUCUCAGCAUUCAGCGGGCGAGUGGACAUCUCCCCGCAGGACGAAGGGCCGCUGGAUUUCUACGUGACCAUCGCCAAGCAGGAAAUACUGCUGUCCAUGGCAAACUUGGUGAGGCUUCACCAAGCCCUUUUCCCACCAAGCGAGACGACAAUGGAAUCACUAUAUCAUCGUGGCUUUGAUGACGCCAUCAAGUUUUUACUUAAAGAAAGUUGGUUUGAAUACAACGCUUAAGACUUUAAAACGCAAAACACAUUUCAGACCGUUCUUGAUGGAG